AGAGCAUGGCGCAAUCACUUCCACCUGAGAAGGGGGCACCGACUGACAGUCCAGAGGCCACGCACUGAGCAUAUGCUGGAAGUGAGGUCAAAAUUGUGACACCACUAUGUCACUAUGUACUGGUUGAACAAUAGCUGUGAAGCCAGCAUUGCAGCAUUGUGGCUGGCUCAUUGAACAGUCAAGAUUGGAAGCGUGGAGGUGGGCCGCUUUUUCACGAAAAACUUGGCCGCAAAACCGCGUCCCCGAUGAAAAAUCCCCUGACAGAAUCAUUGCUUCAGAUCGAGUCCGUCGAUGUUUCCUUCAACUCCGCACAGAUGCUCCGCUCAGCACUAAAAUGCGGCCGCGUGGAGCAGCGGCUGAUGGAGCUCGGGCUGGCGGUACCUGAAGCGGCAGCACCCGCAGCAAACUAUGUGCCCUCAGUGCGAAGUGGCAACUUGCUCUUCAUCUCUGGGCAGAUCCCGAAACAGCCUGACAAUUCCUUGCUGAAAGGCCAGCUGGGUGCCAGCUACAGUCUUGAGGAGGGCAAGGCAGCAGCCCGGCUUUGUGGGCUUCACUUGGUAGGUCAGAUGAAGGCUGCUUGUGGAGACUUGGACAAGGUGCUCAACAGAAAGACGAGGGCUUUGUGAGCUGCACACCCGACUUUGUUGAUCAUCCACAGGUAGUGAAUGGCUGCUCAGACCUGUUGGUGGAGAUCUUUGGGACAGAGGUUGGCGCUCACAGUCGCUUUGCUGUGGGAUGCAGCUCACUUCCACUUGGUGUUGCUGUGGAGAUCGGAGGAAUUGUUGAAUUGGAGGAAUAAAGAUGAACAAAUA